UUGGACAACAGUUUGGAUUGGCCAGGAGGUUUCCCAUAGAGACGGGGAUGAAGUCGUAGAGGGGGUUGGGCUUUUUUGGACCAGCUGAAAGCUAUCAGAAAUGAUUGCAACUCAUUCUCUUUGGAUUUUCAUGUCAUUGAUGAGCAAAUUGGAAAGCAGAGGACAACUGCGUGGACGCCUCACCUUUACAUUUUUACUAGGUCAAUUAUUUUCCUCCUUAUUUCAUUUAAACUCAAAUGUGCCUGAUGUGAGCAAGUGGCAAACAAGAGCACUUAUUUUUUCCCUUUCUCUCACCUUCACAGUGCACCCAUCCACUAUUUCACCUUUAGUUUAUUUACUUUUAUUUUGUAGUACCUCCUUGGAUACUUUUGGCAUUCAAGCACGGCUUCACCUGGCCAGCCCUUUCUGAAGUCUCAGGAAACGGCACCAAGAUUUCUUCUGCCACUUUAAAGCACUUCAGGGGAAAAUCCACCGACAGGGAAAACAUACAUUUUUAUUACACAAAGAAGCGCAAAAGUGACACAAUGAAUCUCAAAUCUGAUUCUGAGCCGAACAACAAUGUUGUAUCCUUGGAAGAGGAGGUACGAACACUUUUUGUCAGCGGCCUUCCUGUUGACAUCAAGCCAAGGGAACUCUACCUACUCUUCAGACCAUUCAAGGGUUAUGAAGGGUCCCUCAUCAAGUUGACAUCAAAGCAGGUGAGAUUAUGUCCAUAUCCAAGGUAUGAGAGGUACAAGCCUGUCGGGUUUGUUUCCUUUGACAACCGGACCGGCGCGGAAGCAGCGAAAAACGCAUUAAACGGGAUCCGUUUUGACCCCGAGAGUCCCCAGACCCUGCGCUUAGAAUUCGCUAAAGCCAACACGAAGAUGGCAAAGAGUAAGCUGAUGGCCACACCGAACCCCACAAAUAUCCACCCAGCUCUAGGAGCACACUUCAUUGCACGGGACCCAUAUGACCUGACAGCACUGAUCCCGGCCUCUCCCGAAGCGUGGGCACCUUACCCCCUGUACACCACAGAGCUGGCCCCCGGGCUCCCCCACGCCGCCUUCACCUACCCAGCCGCUGCCGCCGCAGCCCUCCAUGCCCAGGUGAGGGACCAACCGAUGCGUUGGUACCCAUCCGCGUCUGAAACUUCACAACCAGGAUGGAAAUCCCGUCAGUUCUGAAAAGUGUUUAAUGCCAUUCAGUACCUGAAGGUUUUAGUUUUUUCCUCUGAGCAGAGUAAAG